AUACAUCAUUUACUCUGGAACGGACGAAGUACUAAUAAUUCCUACAUAAAAAUAAAAAUAAAAAUAAAAUAAAAAAGGCUCCAAAUAUAAAGCUAUGUUUCCUUUGCUAAUCUCCUCACAGCAAACGAGGGACAAAAAUCAAGAAACGUCUACCCCUUUUCUCAAGUUCCUUUCUCUUCGAAUCCCACCUUUUUCCUUCUUUAACUUCAAAUUCAAUCAUUGCUACCUUCUUCUCUAAACGAGUCAUGCCUGCUGCUUAAUUCUCUCUACAACAAUGGCCAUUAUUCUACACACCUAUCUCAUCGUUCUUGCAUUUCUCUUCAUCUUCAUCGCUCAAGGUACACAGCUCCCCAAUGCCCACCUGCUAAGAAUGAAAGAUGAGGAAAUAAGGGGGGAAAUGUUAGGAUCAAGGCCACCAAAAUGUAAAGAGAGAUGUGGGAAGUGUGGGCACUGUGAAGCAGUUCAAGUUCCAAUAGGAGCAGCUAUCAAAUAUGGGAAAAUGCCAAGAAUUAGAGUUGAAUAUUCCAGAGGAGAUGAUGUCUCUGCUUACAAGCCCAUGUGUUGGAAGUGUAAAUGUGGGAAUUUCAUUUUCAACCCUUAGAUUUUUUUUAUUUCCUCAAAUUGU